AUGGUACACAAGGGAGAUAGCGUUGUACUGACAUGUCGAUUUCGUGGGACACCUUUAGCUGUCUAUUGGAAGAAAGGAGAUGACCCCAAAACAGCACCAAACCUUGUAUCAUGGAUUCCAACCGAUGAUGUGACAGGAUUAUGUGAAGGUGAAAGGCCAUGUCAGAUCAUGGAGAUGAAUGAAAAUCACUCCUUGGUCAUCAAAGAAGUCAGCAUAGCAGACCAAGGACGAUACAUCUGUAGAGUAACAGUCAGGGGGAUACUGAUACACAACUUCACGGACAUCAGUGUAUUUUGUGAUGUGGAGAAAGGAAAUGUUGACCCGCCAAUGAUUAUCGAAGGAAAGAUAUCGUUCUAUGAGCUGUGGUUCCUGAUUUUCGGCAAGGAUAACGAUGAUGGAUUGGAAAAGAUACGUGACACAAUCCGCCAUUUAGGCAUCACUGAUGUCGAAGAUGGUCUGAAUGCAGCGCAGUAUUACGACGUUCUCUGUAAUUGGAAGGAUCACCACAAGCAGGACAGCCAAGCCAUGGAUCUUCAACGAGCCCUAGCAAAAGCAGAUUUAGAUAGAGCAUGGAAGGAGAUAUAUGGUACGCAAAUGUGUACGAUAUCUACUUACUUAGAUGAUAGACAACGUACAGAUGCAGAGCUUUCUGAAGACACACUGGAGCACAUCCUAUGGCAAAUUGGAGACCCUGACAGGAUAGAUAAGUUCUUAGGUGAACUGAUACCAGGAAAAAGAAUAAGCGUUGCAGGAAAAAAGAAGGACAUCGUCGCAGAAGCCUUGAGAGACCUUAUCCAAUGGUGUAAGGGACCGCCUCAACAGAACCUAAGGUACACUGUUUCUUUUGCAGUACCUGAGGGUUUGCUGGAAGAAAUCGGCGAUUAUGAAGUUAUUGGAUUCAUCCAGCGACUGGCAGGCAAACACUGUAACAAUCUGGCUGAAUCCAUUGGAACGCCCACGGAGGCGCUUAGUGCUAUUCUGGUGGAGAAUGACAAGGCAACCGUAUUCGACACACAGGGAAUGAUUCGUGACUGGAUAAGUAACGAGGAAUGCAGCAACUUUGAGAAGAGACACAGGCUUAAUGUCGCGGUGACAAAGGUUUGCCGUGAGGAUUUGGAAGGUUACUUUGGAGCAACGGACCUCUAUACUUCAAAAGAGGCAAAUGAAGAACGGGCUCGAAAGGAUUCAAACGAAGUAUCACGAGAAUAUGGUGGAAUUUCUGAACUGGAAACUCGUCGAAUAGCCAAGUAUCUCACAGACUCUGAAUUAAAGCACCUGGGUGAAGGGUCGGACCCGGUGAAGGUGGUGAUAGAAUGGGUCAACAGCUUGCUCGAAAAGAAUCUUAACGGAGGCUGUCGGAAAAGGGUACAUGGAACACUGAAAGAAAUCGGCCUUCAAGCACUGAUGCCAUUCCAAAUAAAAGACAAGUUAUGUCUGGUUGAAGUACUUGACGUUGCUGUUCGUCUUCUCAUGACCGACAUCCAACCGUUCGCCAAAGCUCUGGGAAUAUCCGAUCAGAAACUCAUCAAGUACAGGAUAGAUGUCACACCUAAACAGCUCUCUAAUGGAACACUUACUCUUUUAGCAAAGGAUAGCAACAAGAUAAAUAAUGACAGAAGUAAAAUCAGCAGUUCACUGUCCAAAGCUGACUACGAUGAUCUUGCAUUGUUGCUGAAGUACGGAUGUGCAAUAUCUCUAGCCGACAUGUUCGCCUUGGGGUAUGGACCAGUACCAAACUCCUCCCAGCGUGAUGAAUUGCGACACAACCUGGGAAUAGCCACGGACGAUGACGACAUCGUUGGCAUGCUCAAACACUGGAAAUCUAUGGCCCAUCCUCCAACCUACAAUCCCAGAACCACCCUGGCCGAUGCUGUUCUCCCCGUUCUUGGGAAAGAGAAGGCCUUGUCUGUCCUGUCAGGAACAUCGAGGCAAAGUGGGAUUCAUAGUGAGAAAAUCAUCAGGGCUCUCCGAGAGGGAAUUCUGUUCAGAGAGACAUGCCGUGUUGCUGAAAUCAUCAACGUCCUUCUCCCAUCCGUUGACGAUGAUCCCAUGACAAAGCUUCUUAUCACCCUGGAGGACCAGGUGAAGAAUGAUUCGCUUCCUGAGGACGUCUACGAGAAGCUGAGUGUAGCGGGUUUCAAGGGAUUAUCAACAGAACUUAAGAGGGGCGAUUGCCAGGAGAACGAGCACGAAAGCACUCGGAUGCGAAGAAGGGAUAUUAUCCAAAAUGACAUAUCAUGCCGCAUUGCCGAGGUACUUGGUGUAAAGAAGACAUCUUCGCUCUCAUCCAUCUUUGAAGCUUGGGAAGAAAAAUUGAGGAAAAACCCACUCAAGGAAGACAAACGCCGGGAUUUGAGUGAUCGACUCUUAAGAGCUGGAUAUGAAGACUUUGCCCACGAGAUCAUGACAGGAUUUGUUCCCAGACCACUGGAUCAGAAGUGAGGGAAAAAACAUAUGCAAAAAGGAACAAUCUUCGCAUCUCCCAUCCAUCGAUACUACUGCGAUCUUGCGAUUUUUUAGAUUUAAUCAAUAUUUUGGUACAUCAUUAGGGAUACAAGUGUUUAUAGUGGACAAUCUUUCCUGUUAUUUGAUAUGGAUUCUUUGAAUAAUGGACAGGUUGUAUUAAGGAAAUUUUUAUUAAUAUUACAGUUAUACAACUUAAUUAACAUGGAUAACAACGAUAUAUAUUGUUAACAACUGAAUUAUUCUUGCACCUUGUAAAUGUGAUUAGUUUGUCUUUGUUGUAACUCAAGAAUGAAAGGUGGACCGCUUGAACUUUUAA